AGAGACAGAAAACAGAGCCUUAUCUCCUCGUAGUAGAAGAGGCUAACUUUCCUGGAAUUCGAGCUCUAAUUUUAACUUGAAAUGGCGAAUUCUCUUUGUUCCGUACAUCCCUUCAAGACCCUUGACAAACCCAGGCUUAUUAGUGGUAAUUUUGCUAAUAGGAAGGUUGAAUGGAUCAAUGAUUGCACCACCAGUUCGAGAAAAGCUAAUUUUGAAACUCUAAAGGUUAAUGCUACAGACAACAAACCAAGCACCAAAUCAAAUAGCAUACUUUGUGCUGAUUGUGAGGGUAAUGGUGCUGUACCAUGUUCACAGUGCAAAGGUUCUGGAAUAAACUCUAUAGAUCACUUCAAUGGGCAGUUCAAAGCUGGAGCAUUGUGUUGGCUUUGCAGAUCUUGGACGAUUCAAAGGUUUGGGCGAGAACGAGGUCAUAGCAAUGGGCGAUCGUAAGGCACUCCAUUCGCUCAAAUUUUGGGUCUCUUGCAAGUUUGGACGAUGAUGUUACUAUAUUCGUGGGCUUCCACUGCAUUCAUUAAUAAUCCUGUUUAGACCUUUAUCCUGAACUCUCCAAUUGGGAUUCACUUUUUGGACUAUUUGAUUUGGGCUGCACUUUUAGUGUGUCAACAGAAAUAUAGAACUCCGAAAACAUUUUGCUUGACUGCAUAUAGAGCUAAAAUAGAAUUUCUGAAAUUAUCCAUUUGUUAUCUGGGAACCAUGAUAAUAUUGCUCUUGUCUUCUUGAUGUAUAAUGUAACUUCUAAGUUAUUCACUUUAUCAAGCAAUCAUAUUAUAAUUUUGGUAAAUUUCACAUUAUGGCAAAUCGUUUGAUUUACUGCUUCAUGCAACUGGCUUUAAGUUUACAUAUUCUGCUUCAAGGAUGUACUAAGCAACCAGUCACUCAUUUUCCAUUUCCCUUAACUAGAUAGUAUAAUUUUGUCUGGCACUCAUUCUUUUUUUCUAAUAUCUCAUUCUUUUUUUCUAAUAUCUCCUCAAAUUAUGUUAGUCGGUCUUCAGGGCAUCUUGGUUUUCAUCAAGUUCUGAUUCUUAAGAGGCUUACUUGAACUAUUUCUAAAUCUAUGCCUACUUAACUCUAUCCAACAACAAUAACAAACUAACUCUUCUUCCUAAUAGAUUUGAGGUCAACUUGAUGAAUCCAUUUACAUUGAUCUGUUGGAUCCAUCGCUAUAUCUACCACUACCAGGAGAUCCAAAGUAAUCAAAUUCUUUGCAACCCCAUCAAGUCAUAUUUAUUUAGUUUAUAUCAUCCUGUUCUAAUAUGUCUACUGAAGAUUUAGUCAUCUGUCGACAAGAUAUCUUUACAUAUACACAAGGCAUGCCCCAUCUGCCUAAUUGUUUGCCCCUUAGGCUUAAUUAGUGAUUCUACCACUAGUUUCUCUAUGCUCUUGUUUUCCAUUCUAGUAUGAAUUUUUAUCUUUACAUUUUCAUGUCCUGCUAAGUGAGUCUUAUAGACAUUUUAUCUUUUAAUUACUUAUCACCCACUAGCAUAAAGCAUAGCUGAUUUAAUAGCCAUUUUGUUGAAAUUGUUUUUUAAUCUAUCAAUUACAUAGAAUCACCAUAAAAGUAAACUUUCAUACACCCGCCAUAAUCCUAUACAAUCUUUUUAAGUCCUUUAUUAGUUAUGGCACCUAAAUAAAACAAUCCCUCUAUGAUACUGAACAAUUCUCUCUAGUGGCUCCGUUCUUUUCUUUAACGUUAGUAUAAUUGAAAAGACAUCCUGUAUGUUGUAUCUUAUUUCUGCAAAUCUUUAAAAAUUUCAAAGUUCUCUGAAUUUUUAACUUACAAUUUAUAUCCCACUUGUAUCAUCAACUAAAACUAUGUUACUAACAAAUAAAAUACUCAAAUGGGUUAUCUUAAAUCUGUCUUGUAAUAAUUCAUUCAUGAAGCGGAAAGAUGGGACUUGAGACAAAACCUUAGUGCAAACAUAUAGUAAUAGAAAAUCCUCUACUACUACCGCUGCUUGAUCAUAACUACUCUAUAACUUGUAUCCUUAAUAAUAUUGAUGCAUCUAAUAUAAAUUUUUUUCCUCCUUCAUUUUUCUUUGGCACCAAUCCCAACAUUUUGAUGGGGUACCUACCUUAGACUUCUUUGAAUUAAUAAAAACUACAUUAUAUUUUGUUUCUCUUGUUUCAUUGACCUCUGAUUUAUGAAAAUAACUUACAUGGCAGAUCUUAAUAGUAGAAAACAAGAUUGGUUCCACCAAACCCUUGAAUGGCACUUUACUAUAGGCUCUCUCUCUCGCUCUCAUAGAUCUAACUUAUGAGCCUAAUACAACUAUAAUACAAAUUAUCUUAAAUAUCACAUAAAUUUCAAUACACACUCACUCUCCUGUGUUCAUCUUGCAUUUUUUUUCUUAACGGCAUUUCUACACUUUGUUUGCAGUUCUAUCUAGACCAAUUGGUUUUCUUGUCUUCGGCCUCUUCACAGCCCCCUUAUCUAUAUGAACCAGAUAGUAGAGUUAACAUUUCUGUAACUUCACGUCUAUGAAAAAGGAAUUUCUUGGAUUUAGUGUUUAACUGCUUACUUGAUUUAAAUCCUUGUGACCCUUCUCUCUUUGUUAUGAUAGCUAGCCACAACUUUCUUCUUUCCUUUGUUCCAAGAUAACUAUGCUACUUAUAUGUUUCUGCCAAGGCAUUAACCACCAUUUAGCUUCUUUUUAGCUAAAUUAUAAGUUUCGAAAUCUCUGCAUUUUCCUCAUUAGGUGGCCUUUCUACUGUUAGACUCUCCAAAAACCUUCUUUUCUAAGUUCAAAUAUUACUAGGCACAUCAUUCCACAUCAUGUUUCUCUCUCUCUUAUCCUUGAAAAUUAUUUGUCUUUCACUCUGCAAGUUCAGCUAUCUUGUUCUGUGAAAUUGAACCUCUUUCAUAAUUGUCAAUUUUUAUAUAAAACACAUCAAGUAUCACCAAUUCAUGCCAGAUACGCUCUUCAUCAGUUAUUACCUUAAAAUCUUUACAUGAUGAUCUAUCUCUUCCUAGUAAGAAUGAUCUAUUAAUUUCGUUUGCCUAUUUCCUAAAAUUUGUUAUAUAAGAGUCUGAAGCAUAUAUUUCUGACUCCAAAUAAUAAGCCUUCUCAAAGUUCAAAAUAAUAUUAUAUUCUUCUUCCCAGUAAAAAUUUAUUUGUACUUCUCUCAUUUGGAUUAACAUUUUUUCCACAUGAGCAUUGACAUCUUAUCCAGCAAAGAUCUUAUCUUGGUAGGAAUUGCAUUGUGCAACUUUUCCAUGUUUUAGCAAAACCAUUGCUUGAUUUCUUCAUUUUAUAGUAUUGUUGGAGAACAAAGUACUAGUAACACUAGUUGAGAUUUCUCUAAACUAAAUUUAACUAAUAUAAUUCUUCUUUAUGUGUAACUUCUACGAGUUUUUCUUUUAAAUUUUGGUACAAUGAUCAAUCCAAUUUCUACUCUUUCCCUUGUCCAUGUAACACAUUUUAUAUCCUGUUUUCCUAAUUCUGUCACCUAACUCUUUUUUGCAAGUUGUGUUAAUUUUCUUCACAUGCAUCUCUUCUAUUAGUUCUAAGGAUAUUUCUUAUUGAUGUCCUAUUACAAAUUCCUAUUGUAAUUCUAUUAUUUUGUACUAACUUUUUUAUCCAUCCAUGUCCAUGGGAGAGUGAAAACCCUUGCUUACUUUUCAAUUUCUUCUAGUGUCAAAAUAUGUUGCAUAUGGGGUAAGUCUCAACUCUUACCCACUUUUCAUGCACAUAACAUCCGAUGCAACAUUUUGCUUGUAAGGAUGAACCAACAUAAUGUACAAAGUGAUUUAACAUAGUUGCCAUCAAUUUAUUUGGAACAAGGCUUAGUUAGUUUAUGGCAAUCUAGUGCACCUCCUCCCUUCACGGAACUGGUUACAGAAAAACAUAGGCAAAGUUUCCUAGUAAACUUGAUUGUUAACUGUAAAGUCAUCCCCCUUCCCCCUCUUCUACCUAGAAAAGAAAAAUAUUCUUACGUAUGGGGUUCAUAUAUGACAAUAUGGCUUCCAUUUAUGACAGAAAUUAGUGACCUCUUAUCAGUCACCAGUUUUAUAGUCA